AUGACGCGAGACGAUAGAGACGUGCUUCCUGAGGAAGUGAAGCCAAUUCACUACGACCUCUCUAUCUUCAAUAUCGAUAACAAGGCUUUCACCUACUCUGGUACCGUCACUGUCGAUGUGAAGGUUACUCAAGAAACCAGUGCGAUAUCCAUCAAUGUCAAGGAGCUGGGCGACUUGAAGGCUACUAUCACCGUUGACGGUGCCUCACAAGAAGCUGCAUCUAUCGAUGUCGACAACAAGCGUGAGAGGGCUACUCUCAACUUCUCAUCGCCUCUUCAGGCUACCGAGAAGGCUCAAUUGAAGCUUGAUUUCACUGGUAUCUUGAAUAACAAGAUGGCUGGCUUCUACCGCUCCGAAUACAAAGUUCCCGGUACCACCGAGGCCACCCACAUGUUCUCGACCCAAUUCGAGUCCUGUGACGCCCGCCAGGCCUUCCCAUGUUUCGAUGAGCCAAACCUCAAGGCUACUUUCGACUUCUCCAUUACUGUUCCAAACUCAUGGACCGCUUUAUCCAACAUGCCAGCCAUCUCUGAAACCCCAGAGCCAUCUGGAGAUCUCAAAGUUGUCAGAUUCGAGACCUCCCCAAAGAUGAGCACUUACCUUUACGCCUGGGCUUGUGGUGAAUUUGAGUACGUUGAAACCAAGACGGAAAGGAAAUACAAUGGCGUUCAGAUCCCCGUUAGAGUCUAUACCACUACUGGGCUCAAGGAACAAGGACAGUUUGCCCUCGAUAAUGCGGCCAAGAUCGUCGAUUAUUUCUCUGAGGUUUUUGAUAUUGAUUAUCCACUACCCAAGGUUGACAUGUUGGCUGUUCAUGAGUUCUCUCACGGAGCUAUGGAAAAUUGGGGCUUGAUUACUUAUAGAACUACUGCUGUUCUUUACGAAGAAGGAAAAAGCGACCCGAGAUAUAAGAAUAGAGUCGCAUACGUUGUUGCACACGAACUCGCCCAUCAGUGGUUCGGAAACCUGGUUACCAUGGACUGGUGGAACGAGCUCUGGCUCAACGAAGGUUUCGCAACUUGGGUCGGAUGGCUGGCUAUCGACAAUUUCUACCCAGACUGGGAUGUCUGGGGUCAGUUCGUUGCUGAAUCAAUGCAAACAGGCUUCCAAUUGGAUUCUUUGAGGAGCUCGCAUCCUAUCGAGGUUCCCGUCCGAGAUGCUCUUGAGGUUGACCAGAUCUUUGAUCACAUCAGUUACCUCAAGGGAAGCAGUGUUAUUAGAAUGUUGAGCUCUGCUCUUGGACAGCAGACUUUCUUGAAGGGUGUUUCUAACUACUUGAAGAAGCACACUUAUGCCAAUGCCACCACCGAUGCUCUCUGGUCUGCCCUUUCUGAGGCAUCCGGCCAAGAUGUCAACAAGAUCAUGGACCUCUGGAUCAAGACCACCGGUUUCCCCGUCCUUGAUGUCAAGGAAACCGCCGACUCUAUCACCGUCCGCCAGAAGCGUUUCCUCAGCACUGGUGACGUUAAGCCCGAGGAAGACGAGACAGUUUGGUGGGUUCCAUUGGGACUUACCUCUGAAACUCUCACCUCAGAUGCCAAAGAUACCGUCACCGCCCUUACUGAGAAGGAAACAAGCAUCUCCGGUGUGAACACCGAAUACUACAAGCUCAACAUCGGGCAGAACGGUUUCUACCGUGUCAACUACCCCGUCGAGCGAUUCGCUAAACUUGGUCUCUCUCUCGACAAGCUCAGUGUAGCUGACCGUAUCGGCCUCGUAGCAGAUGCCCAAGCUCUAGCACUUUCGGGCGACGGCUCAACUUCCAGUCUCCUCAGUCUCCUCGAGGGAAUGAAAGAGGAAAGCAAUUUCUUGGUCUGGCAAACUAUUGCUACCGCCCUAUCUGCCGUCCAGGGAGCCUUCGGUUCAAACCCAGAGAUCAAAGCCGGACUCAAGAAGUUCGCAUUGGAAUUAUACUCCCCAGCUGCCGAAAAGCUCGGCUGGACUUUCGCCGAAGGUGAUGACUUUUUGACCACCCAGCUCCGCGGCCUCCUCAUCGGUGCCGCCGCAAGUGCAGGUCACGAGUCCAUCAUCGCCGAAGCCAAACGCCAAUUCGAAGCUUACUUCUCCGGUGACGAAUCCGUCAUCAACGCCGCUCUCAAACUCCGAGUCUUCAGAAUCGGAAUUAGCGAAGGUGGUAAGGAGGAAUACGAGAAGGUCUGGGCCGAAUACCUCAAGGCCACCAGCCCCGACGGCAAGGAAAUCACGCUUCAAGCUCUCGGAAAGGCCAGAUCCGCAGAUCUGAUCAACGACUACCUCGAGAAGAUGGUUGGCGACAAAAUCCCAACUCAAAAUACACACUAUGUUUCCUCAUCGCUAGCAUUGAACGGCGAUGCUAAGCCAUUGGUAUGGAAAUUCGUGAAGGAGAGAUGGGAUGAUAUCUUCAAGCUGUUGAGCGGAAAUAUGGUUCUCCUUGAUAGAUUUGUUAGGGUCACACUUAACAAGUUUGCGGAUGAGACGAUUUUGGAAGAGAUGAAGACUUUCUUCGAACCAAAGGAUCAGAGAGGGUAUGAUCGUGCCGUCAGGGUUGCGAUUGAUAGCGUUAGCGGUAACGUUAGUUGGAAGAAGAGGGACGAGAAGGUUGUUGAGGAAUGGUUGAAGGAGAAGGGAUACUUGGCUUGA